UCCAACGAGUUCAUCUCUAAAGAUUCGCUAAGUCUAUCAACCAUGAAGUCAUUCGUUGCUAUCCUUCUCUUGGCUCUCUUCGCUGUAGCUCUCGCCAUAGAGACGCCGGUCGAGCCCGAAAAUAUCAAACCGUUGCUGAACCCCGGUGCUAUCCCAGACGGACCAAGAGACAAAAGAGGAAUAUUGCUCAGCAGCUAUUCUGCACCACUUGCGUACACACCACUCGCCUACAGUGCUAGUUAUGGCGUGCCUUAUGCCUACCGCAGCUAUCCGUACUACUACAGCUCGUACUACUAUUAAGCCAAGGAAACUGGAUGCUACGUCGAGGAACUCUGGAGAUUAAGACUAAGGACACGAUCAUGGCAACCGCGACGAUUCUCAAUCGAGACGUUUACGUUUCUUUAGUUUAAGCGAACACGGAACACGCCCAAUAGCUGAAAUUUCAUCCGAUUAUCAACAGUACUGAUUUCGUCACCGCUCUAUUUUUUCAACGUACACACGUUCUCCUACCGCGUGUAUUGAU